UUCAUUGCCCCGCGUCAAAGUCGCUUAAUUAGGACUUAAACUUACAGAUUCUUCCAACCACCAUUUACCGUCCACCAAACGUUGCCUGCUUUCAAUUCACACUCAGGUACAAAUUGGUUUUUUAAAAAGAGUAGUUCAUUUAACAAUAGUUUUUUUACACGUGAUAAACAGCAUUUAUUCGAUUCCUGUACCGCCCUUUUGAAGCUCGUACCGUGAUCUGUUAGAUUUGUUCGAUUCCCAGCUGGAUUGUCUAUCUAUUCCUUACCUUAGAGAUAGUAGACAAAAAAUUGUCUCGCUAACUGGUGUAUUAACAUUCGAAUCGUGGGCCGUAUAUGCGUACGAUGUCUUGGAGCUUCAUUCUCGAUGAUGAGCAGCCACAGUGCCCUUUGGCUACUGUAACAAGUUUUGUAUCAGCCAUAGUUAUCAUUAUUGGCCUCGUCCUUUCCUAUUUGCUUCAGGUAUACCGAAUUGUAAAGCUUGGAACUUCCAAGGGUCUUAGCUUUUCCUACCUUGGCUUAGGCUACAUAGGUGUAUUGAAUGCUCUUGCCAACGUCAUCACUUUACAAGUCAUUCCAUUAACAAGAUGCUGCCAUGAAUUCUACUCCAAGCGCCAGUGCUUUGCCAAUUCUACCGGUUUGAUGCAAGUCGGUUCUCAGGUUAUGGCAAUGGGAGUCGUUUUGCUAUCCUUUUGGAUGUACCUUCCCCGCCCUAUCCAUUUCGUCUCCGAUGAUGAUGAAAACGGUGAGCCUAUUCCUGAACCUUUAAGUAUCACGAAAAGCAAAACUUGGCGUAGAACUUCUUACGGCUUACUAGCCAUUUUUGCCUGGGGUCUUUGCAUUUGCUUGUUAUCUGCUACCGUUUUAACUUAUAACUUAGCUUGGGCAGCAUUCCUUGGCUUUAGUGCUUCCUUCUGCGCAAUCGUCCAAUACAUCCCUCAAUUUAUUUCAACAGUCCGCCAUAGGUCCCAUGGCGCUUUAAGUAUUCCUAUGAUGGUGGUACAAACUCCUGGUGGCUUCUUGAUCGGUUACCUUUUGUCGAGACUUCCUGGUACAAACUGGACUACAUAUAUGAUGUAUGUUGUCAGCGCAACUUUACAAGCAGUUCUGCUUUCUUUAUGUUUCUACUACCACCUACAAAACAAAAAGACCAAACAAGAAGAAGAGGCUUUUGCCGCGCAACGUGAAGAGGAGUGUCAGCGUGCUGUAAGAGUGUUGGAAGAAGAAACUGGUCCUUAAAGACGUCUAUGAAUCGUCUACUUUUCAUCACCGACAAUUAUAUGUAAUUAUCCGACACCUUUGUGAAUAUGAUUUCUUUCUUAGAAUUCUCAAAAGUCCAAUCGUUUUUUCAUUUCCUUACACGCUCCUUUUUAUUGUUUUAUAAUGCUUUAUUAUUUAUAAAUGCUUACCUCCUAUAAAUGCUAAACUAACAAUUCUUUUAUCAUCAGUUGAGGAAUUGCAAAAUCUUAUAUAGUCGUGAAAUUAUAAAUGUUUUUAAUAAUAUGCUUCA